UCUUCUGGGUUUUUGUUUCUCUUUCGAAGGGUUCUUUCUUUAGCGUUUUCUGUGUUCACAAACUGGUUUUUCUCGACUUGCUUUGGCAGAUAAAUCCUUCGAUUUUGAUGUUUUCUUCUCGCAAUGGAUUCAAGAGUUUUUGAUUUCUUUUCUACAGUUCGAUCUCUUUACUCUUUCGAUUGUUCCUUUCUUUUGGUCAGGGCUUCUAAUUGUUUGGAUUUAUUUUUCCUGAUCUACUGUAAACUAGUAUGUAUUGUUUUGUAAUUUUAUGAUCUGUACUUUGCUGUGAUUCUUUGGCGAUUUGGGUUUUAGAUUGAAAAUCCUUAGCCUCUUUCUUAUCUUGACCUAAACAAUGUAUAAAUCUGAACUGUGCUUGUUUGUGAUACUGGGCUUUUGCUAUUCUUGUGUCUACUGUUCACUCAAUCUGGCGAAAGAUAUGAUGAUUACCGAUCCCUGAUUUUCUUGAAUAUAUAUUUUUCUUGUGAAAUCUGUCUCCCACCCUACAAAGCCUCCGGCGGAUGCCUUUGAUUUUGAGAUCAUUUUAUGCGGUCGAUCUGAUGGAUGGAUUUUUAUGACGAAAAGGUGAGAUCUUGGGGGUGAGUGGUGGUGGGGUUUGGGCGAACUUUUGUCUUGAGAAGAGGGACUUCGGGUUACUGUUGUUUUGAAGGCUGAGCAGAAUUCCCAAACAAAAAAUAAAUAAAUUAAAAUUAGAAAAUCCCCAAGAUAGAGCUGCUGCUGCGUUUUUGGGGAAGGAGAUAGAUACAGACAUCUAUAUAUAUGUGCGAUUGUUUGUUCUUGUGACUGUUGGGUAGACAGCGCAAGAAGAAAUCAAAAUCCUAUCAGCAGAUGUUAUCCACUGAAAACCCUCCACCAGAUCUCCCAUGUCCUUGCGGUGAAUUAAUCUCGCAGAGCAAUAAUGAUGAGGAAGGGGCUUCUGAUGACUGUAAUCGCCAUAACCAGCUUGAGGUAGCUGCAGAUCUGUUCCGGUCAGGCCCCGAUGACUCCAAUACACUUCCCAAAUUCUCCAUAAGAGAUUAUGUCUUCAACACUCGGGGCAAAAAUGUCGAGAACAAUUGGCCAUUUUCUCUGAAGAACUUGCAGCUUUGUCUCAAGUAUGGCGUGAAGGAAGUGCUGCCGCCAUUCCAGUCUCUGGAUUCUGUAAGAAAUCCGUCGCCGGAAAAACCUUCCGGUGACAAUGAAUUCGAGGUGAGUGAUCGAAGCAUUGGUCAGGAAGUAGCUGAGGAUAAGAACAUCGACUCAGGUGGAUUCGAAGAAGAGGAUAAAGCAUUGCCAUCUACUACAACGAGUGAUCGAACUUGUUCCGAUGUAAAUUCGACUCGCCAGGUUAGAAGUCCGAACCUGGAGCCGGUAGCCGAGUCUUUUCCUUCUUCGAAGAAGCUCGGAUUUGCAGCUGGAGCAUCCAACAAGGCGAAGAGCAGUAACCAAAACCCUGUAAAGAAGUGUAAAUUGAUUGUGAAACUGAAAAGCGCGGCUGAGGCGAAGGGGCCCGAGGACUUGUCCGCGAACAAUUUUGUUGUUUCGGACACAAUGGCUACGAAAGUAUGCCCGGUGUGCAAGACAUUCUCGUCCUCUUCGAACACCACUUUAAAUGCUCAUAUCGAUCAGUGCCUUUCUCAGGAGUCCUCAGUGAAAUGGACAAUGAAUUCAAAACUGAACAAGCAUAGAAUAAAGCCGAGAAAGAGUAGAUUAAUGGUGGACAUAUAUGAAACGGCUAUACCGUGUACGUUGGAGGAUCUUGACAAAAGGAAUGGAACAAACUGGGCGUCGAACUUGGGUUUUUCUGAAGAUCAGGAUCUGGAGACGUACGCAGAUGAGAAGAACAUAAACGCCGAGGAUGAUGAUCAGGAGGGUUCUGUGUACAUCGAUUCCAAUGGCACAAAGCUUCGGAUACUGUCGAAGCUCAGUGAUCUUCCAUCAAAUGCGAAUUCUCCAGCUCAAAAUCAAGGCAAGAUUAGCAAAAAGGAUAAAGGAAUCGAACACGCCUUGAGUAAGAAGAAGUUAGUUUCUCAGAAACACAAGAUUAUAAAAUCUCCUCCGCGGGUACAGAGAAGUUCUUUAAGACAUCAUUUGGAGGUCGAAUGUAGCCAACAAAAGAGUCUCCUUCAUGAAGGUUACAAGGAUGAUUCUAUGCAGCCUCCGGAAAGUCGUGAUCAGAUGAAAUCUAAAGGUAUUGGAAUGAUAAAACAGUGGGUAGGCUCCAAAAGGAGUGGUCUCAAAAACAAGAUCAAUCUUGAGCCUGAAAAUCAGCGUCCAACGAAGAAGUCAUUAAAGAGCGUCGCCCUAGGGAGGGAGAGCUCGUCUGUGUCGCCAAUUUUGUGUGAUGAAGAUCCAAUUCUACCUACUGAAAGCAACAAAAGAAAGGCGAAAUUGUUGUGUGACUCCAAUGAUGGAUUUUUCAAGCCCCCUUGUCAGAAGAAGGCGCCGGGAAUUUCCUACGAGGAAUCUGGUGAUCGGAUGAAUCAUGGCAAACGGCCGAGGAAAGAUAAUCAGUUGGUUCAUGCAAGCGACGCAGAUCUUCGGAAUGGUACAGUAAAUGAUGUCUUGUCUCAGAGAAACAAAAAGAAGGCUUUGAAUAUCAGUUCAUCUGUAAAUGAGGAGAGUCCUUUACUCAGCUCUAGAACUGCAAAACCUGCAACUGGAUCUGGAGAUAAGCAGUUUUCGCCUUUUAAAAAGAAGAAGCUUCUAUCCAUCCGGCAGGCAUCCACAUCAGAAUCCAAGAAAUUAGGGAUAAAGCAUUCAGAAUUCAAGAACCCUUCAAGAUCAGAGGAAGAAAUGAUAAACUCCAAGCAUGAAACUUAUCGUCGAGAAAGUUCGAAAGACAAUGCAGCUCAAUCUAAAAGAGCCUCAGCUAAGACACUUGAUGAUGGAGCUAGGGUUUCAAAGAUUCACAAGAAGAAAGGAGACAUGGCUUUGAAUCGAUCAUAUGCAUCUCCUGAAUCUGAUAGCCAUGACGUCGACAAGAACAACAAUUCUGCUGCCGGAAAGGAUUCUGCAGUUGGUGUAUCCAAUGUCCUGGAAAACGAUAAAACACAUGACGAAUAUGCUUUCGACGCAUCCCAUAAGGUAGCUGAUGAAGAAACUUUCUCAGCCUUCAGCAAAUCUUUGGAAACUGGAUUUCCGGCGCUCCAUUAUCCUGCCGGUGGUGGAUACAGUUGCCUGGCUGAGCCGCCACUGGAUGGCGAGCAAGAGGGGUUCUGCGCCGAUAAAAUCGAAAACAAGGCGCAAGGGAAUUAUUUUGUCGAUGUCGACCCAAUCCCCAUACCAGGGCCUCCCGGUUCCUUUCUGCCGAGUCCGGGGCGAAUGAGCUCGGAAGAACUUCAGGGAAACUCUUCACUAACCGCCUGUAUGAUACAAUCUUCAGAAAAUGAUCAUGAACCAGUGGAUAAUGAUUCUUCUGAUUCUCCGAUUUCUGCUACUUCGGCAGUGUCUGAUUCUGUCGCUGCAAGAUCCACUUCUGUCUCCGUCAACUUGCGCAACGAACCUGUUGCCAUCGAGCAGGUAGCUACUGCAGACAGAAAAUCCGAUCCUGAAGCGAAAUCCAGCUCGGCAUUACAUGAGAUGUCUAUUAACAGAUUCAAGAGCAACUCGCCAUGUUGUUGCUCGAGGAAGGAUGCAGCUGUACCUGCAGAUUCCUUCGUAAAUCAAGAGUUACGACAACAGGACAAGAAAUUGCUCGAUGAUCGGAUUGAAAAAUCUUACCUUUUCAACGGAAGAUCAGAAACUAUCCCGACAAAGGAGCCUAAUCCAGAUUCGUCAAUCGGGUAUUGUCCGGGGCUAGUUUCUAAUCACUCCGAGAUGAAGCUUUCCUUCCAUGGAGAUCGCGAGUCUCCUAGCCCGUCUACGCCGAAUCCUGUCCUGAGACUGAUGGGGAAAAACUUAAUGGUAGCGAACAAAGGCGAAAAUCUUUCGUUGAAUGCUUGGCCGGCACGUUCGGCUACGGUUGUGAACCACCCGACCCCGACGUUUCAUGUCAACGAUCAUCUCCCCUCCGGCAAGAAUCUCAAUGAGCUCUAUUCCUUCUGUCCUAAUGUCUCUCAAGUCCCUUCCAUUUUUCUGAGCAGCGGUUCUCCGGCGCCGGCGCAGUCCUUCGAUUUCAGCUCCUAUGAUGGUUUCAAAAUCCCUGCUACUGUUAGGCUUCCAUGGUUAUCUGCUCAUCAAUCUCCGGCCAUGUUUCGAAAUGAGAAUUUUGGUGGGAAUAAUUUCGCGCCGUCUUCUGCAGCAUCAUAUGAUAUUGAGCAUGCCCAAAGCCCUAUCCCCGGCGGCCUGAAACACAAGGAAGUGAUUGUAAUCGACGAACAGCCAGGAAACAAAGCUGCUGCCAAUCCAGCCAUGAAAGGGAUGACCUCGACUCAGGAGCUUAACAGGAACAUGAGGUUUGGAGAAUCCUCGGCGACAAUGGGAUUGCAAUGCGAGUCGAGGCGAGUGGAUCCAUUCUACUACCAUUACCAGAUGGCGAGGGGAGGCUACGCUUUGCCUGUGGCGCAGAAUGGAAAUAAUACCCGAGCGCCGCCUGCUUCGCUGUAUUUCUCUUCGGGAUUUUCGUGAUCGGUCGAUACCAAUGGCUAGAAUGAAAGCUAGCUAUAGCUGCCUAAUGCCCUUCUUAAAUGCUAUGAAAAACAAAGUAUGAUGAAGACAAUUGAUCAUCGAUCAGCAACUGUCGAAAGAUGAAUGAGAUUUUCUAUAAUUUUCUGUGAUGAAGACGAUCGAUUAUUAUACUGUAUAUCAGCAUUUCAAGUUAAACUCUGAUAGGAGUUAGGCAGUUUUGAGGAUGAUUUUGAUUUAGCUACAAAGAAACCUUUCAAUAAUGGAGUUUUUCUUCUUCAA